AUGACGACGACAGGUGAAGAAGAUGGCAGGAAAGGAUUACCCCUCCGAGUUAUGGACUUCUCACACAACUCCCUCCGUCGACUACCUGAGCGAGUGUUUCUGGGACUCCAGGACUCUCUCCAGGAGCUCCGUCUGAGCGGGAACCUGCUGGGAGACAGCCUCAACCCCAUCUUCUCCAGUAGCGAGUUCCAUGGACUGUCCAAUCUGAGGCUACUAGAUUUAUCCGACAACCAGAUCAAGGCUAUAGAAGAGGGACUUCUUAAGGGUUGUGAUAAUUUGAGGGAACUGUGGUUGAAUGAUAACAGUCUAACAUUGAUACCAAGUACUUCGCUCAACGGUCCAACACAUCUCAAAGUACUCUCUCUCAGCAACAACAGAAUAA